UAUAGAAUGGCUGACGUCAGAGCCCCUUCGUAAUUUGAGGAGUAAACAUUCUAGCACCCCCUUCCCAGGUUUACUCUCUGCUUGCUUUCAUUGAUGAUUUAAUCAGGCAAUCGCGCCGUGACAGGUCCUCUCUUUCCCAUCCUGCACUUAGAAGGAAAACAGACGAAAGGGGAACCAACCGAAACGGAAGUAUUUACUAUUAGCUGCAUUUUUCUUUUUCUUUUGCAUCCUAUGCUUUCCACGACCAUCAUCAAUAUAUUUUUAAUCUAGUCGUAUUUUCUCUGAAAUGGAAAUGAGAUGUCGCCCAACAGCGGUGAUGUGCUGUACUCUUGCGAUUUUAUGCUUCAUCUCUCGUUCCGUGAAUGCUUCAUUCGGGGACCGACAGUACCUCAACGAAUGGGCGGUGGAGAUUCCAGGAGGACCGGACGCCGCCAGGUCCAUUGCCAAAGAAUUGGACUACCGACUAAUCGGUCAGAUUGGGGCGCUAGAAAACCAUUACCUGUUCAAGCACCAAAUUCAUCCUAGCAGGACGAAACGCAGCGCCGAUCACAUCACCAAACGCCUGUCAGAGGAUGAUCGGGUGUCGUGGGCAGAGCAGCAAUAUGAGAAGCGGCGCAGUAAGCGCUCCGCUCUGCCGCGGUCAUGCCGUGAUUGUCCCGCGGACAAGCUGUUUGAUGACCCAAUGUGGAACCAGCAAUGGUACCUGCAAGACACUCGAACAUCCUCCUCCCUGCCCAAGCUGGACCUCCACGUGAUUCCUGUGUGGAAGAAAGGGAUCACAGGAAAAGGAGUGGUCAUCACCGUUCUGGACGAUGGUCUGGAGUGGAACCACACCGACAUCUACCCCAACUACGACGCAGCAGCCAGCUAUGACUUCAAUGACAAUGACCCUGACCCCUUCCCAAGAUACGACUCCACCAAUGAGAACAAACAUGGGACGAGGUGUGCUGGGGAGAUCGCUAUGCAGGCAGACAACAAUAAAUGUGGAGUUGGGGUGGCGUACAACUCCAAAGUUGGAGGGAUCCGGAUGUUGGACGGUAUUGUGACAGACGCCAUUGAGGCCAGUUCUAUUGGCUUCAACCCGGACCAUGUGGACAUCUACAGCGCCAGCUGGGGACCCAACGAUGAUGGCAAGACAGUGGAGGGCCCUGGGCGUCUGGCAUCCAAGGCAUUUGAGUACGGCAUCCAGAAGGGCCGCGGAGGAAAGGGCUCUAUCUUUGUGUGGGCGUCGGGGAACGGCGGACGCCAGGGGGACAACUGCGACUGCGACGGCUACACGGACAGCAUCUACACCAUCUCCAUCAGCAGUGCCUCCCAGCAGGGCCUGUCCCCCUGGUACGCGGAGAAGUGCUCCUCCACUCUGGCCACUGCGUACAGCAGCGGAGACUACACCGACCAGAGAAUAACCAGCGCCGAUUUGCACAACGAAUGCACUGAGACACACACAGGAACCUCUGCCUCCGCCCCACUGGCUGCUGGGAUAUUUGCCCUGGCACUUGAACAGAACCCUGACCUGACAUGGAGGGACAUGCAGCACUUGGUGGUGUGGACGUCAGAGUUUGACCCGCUGGCCAACAACCCCGGGUGGAAGAGGAACGGGGCCGGCCUGAUGGUCAACAGUCGUUUUGGCUUCGGUCUGCUCAACGCCAAGGCCCUGGUGGACCUGGCCGAUCCGGCUGCCUGGAAGCAUGUCCCCCAGAAGAGCCUAUGCAUUGUCCGGGAUGACUCCUUCCAACCCAGGGCAUUGAAAGCAGCAGGGGAGAUAACCAUUGAGAUCCCUACUAAGGCUUGUGCCGGCCAGGACAACUCCGUUGUCUCCCUGGAGCACGUCCAAGUAGAGGCCAGUAUCGAGUACACCCGGAGAGGGGACCUGCACAUCACACUAACGUCCCCGUCAGGCACCAGCACGGUGCUGCUGGCGGAGAGGGAGAGGGACACAUCAUCCAACGGCUUCCGGAACUGGGACUUCAUGUCGGUUCAUACGUGGGGCGAAGACCCCACCGGGACCUGGAUCCUGAGGAUCACCGACACGUCGGGGCGGAUGGAGAAUGAAGGCCAGAUCCUAAGUUGGAAGUUGAUUCUCCACGGCACAUCAGAAAGGCCCGAGCACAUGAAGAAGCCCAGGGUGUACGUGCCCUAUAACGCCGUCCAGAAUGACCGCCGGGGUGUAGAGCAUAUGGACGACAUGAUGGAGGAACUCAAGGCUGAUGCCCAACAACCCCUGAAGAACCAACGCCCUCCCCCUGCCACAACAGACAGGAAGCAGGCAAACCCCACCUCCCUACCGCCCUCCCCAUCCCUGGCACUCCUGCGUCUCCUCCAAACGGCCUUCAACAGGCAGACCCCGGCCACCCUGUCCCAGUCCCCGGCCAAGGCCUCCUCAAGCCGGGGAGAGCAGCCCCAGGGCAAGGCCCCCUCCAGCCAAAUGGGAGCAGGCCCUCGUGUCACCCCGCAGAGGCUGUACCAGGCCCUGGAUCGGAUCAACCAGCACCCACGGGGCGACCAGGACACGAGCCUGUACAGCGACUACAGCGACGGCUUCUACAAUGCCAAACCCUACCGACACCGAGACGACCGGCUGAUGCAGGCGCUCUUCGACAUGAUUUCUGACGACAGGCAGUGAGGGGGACG